AUGGGGGCAUUGUGGAGUGGGAGUGGGAGUGGUAGUGGUAGUGAGAGUGGUAGUGGGAGUGUAAAUGAGAGUGGGGAACCUAUACCUAAGGGACCCAUGGAUAAAUUCGCCAUUUCACAACCUAGACAAAGUACUUUGAAUUCUAAGUGGAAGCUAGAAGAAAGGAAGGAAGUGUGUAGAAAAAUUGGACGGUUUAUAUGCUCAAAAGGUCUCUCAUUUAAUACAGUGAAUGAUCCUUAUUGGGUUCCUAUGGUUGAUGCAAUUGCAAAUUUUGGGCCCGAAUUUAAGCCUCCAUCUAUGCAUGAAUUGAGGACAUGGAUUUUGAAAGAAGAGGUGAAUGAUAGAAAUAUCAUGAUGGAAGAGCACAAAAAAGCUUGGAAGCAAUAUGGAUGUUCAAUUAUGUCAGAUAGUUGGACAGAUGGAAAGAUUAGAUGUCUUAUAAAUUUUUUGGUGAAUAGUCCUAUUGACACAUGGUUUUUGAAAUCAACUGAUGCAUCUAAUACGAUAAAAAAUGGAGAAUUGAUGUUCAAGCAUCUUGAUGAGGUGGUUGAAGAAAUUGGAGAGGAGAAUGUUGCGCAAGUUAUUAUUGAUAAUGCAUCUAAUUAUGUGAAUGCCGGAAUGAGGCUUAUGGAAAAAAGGAGAAGAUUGUGGUGGACUCCUUGUGCUGCUCAUUGCAUAGAUUUGAUGUUAGAGGAUGUUAGGAAGCUAAAUGUUCAUGCUAAUACACUUUUGCGAGCUAGACAAGUGGUGAAGUUCAUAUAUGGGCAUACUUGGGUUCUUAGCUUGAUGAUAACAUUUACAAAAAAUCAUGAACUUAUUCGUCCAACAAUUACACGAUUUUCUACUGCAUUUCUUACUCUCCAAAGUCUUUACAAGCAAAAGCAAGCUUUUAUAGCAAUGUUCUCCUCUGAAAAAUGGUGUUCUAGUACAUGGGCCAAAAAGGUAGAAGGUGUAAAAGCUCGAAGUGCAGUAUUGUUUGAUCCAAAUUUUUGGCCUCAUGUUCCUUUUUGUAUUAAGACCACUAUUCCAUUAGUAAGUGUCUUAAGAGAGGUUGAUUUAGAGGAAAGACCAGCCAUAGGUUAUAUUUAUGAGUUGAUGGACUCAGCUAAGGAGAAAAUUGCAUUUAAUUGUGGGGGCAUGAAGAGGAAAUAUGACCCAAUUUGGAGAAAAGUAGAUGCAAGAUGA